GGAUGGAGAGUCGUGCAGCGUGCACCAUGUUGUAUCACCUGUUGCUGCAGACAGUAAAGACACAACAGUCAGCAGGUGUAUCACCCGGUCAGCCUCACCUCCUGCAGGAUGAGCUUUAUGGCGAUGUAGACGUGGAGAAGGCCGUCAACGACUUGUCACAGGCGGCGAGCGGAGGGUCGUUGUACGUCAUCGCUGAUGAAGUAGGGAGUGAGUUGAGUCGUGUCUACAGAAUCAACAGCUACCAGACUUUGUGUGAGUUGCUGCUGACACGAGUUCCUCGUCUCCAUCUGUGGGCGGCAAGUUGUUUCCAUGACUUCACACCCGCCGGCUGGCGAGUGGAAUAUUUAACUAGACCCCUCCGCUCUCCUCCGGCCGUCGUCAGGGAAGUCGAACAGGACGAGAUGAUCACUAGAGACGGUUAUGUACUGCCGUACAGUGAGCGAGGUGUGCCCGACCACACAGACGGCCCGCCAGUCACACGACUGUGUCACCGAGGUCAGGGUCACUCAGGACGCAGGGCAUUUGAAUGUAUCAGGUGCGGUCGUGAGGUGGCCAGCUUCCUACACAGUCUCCGUGUUGGUGUUACAGGGAGAAGCACAACAACAUCUACAACAUUGACCUCUACCAGUGGCGGCACAACACCACCCUGUCUACAGUGGAGAGACGUGCUGGUGUUGUACUGGGGUGACGCUAGGCUUAAGUCGGAUAUGGUCACAGGACUGCAAGAAGCGGGUAUCCCAGUGCAGGUGAUGAAGGAUGAUGACAUGGAGGACGUUGUCAGGGCCCGCAGUGACGUGGUGUGGGUGGCGAGUGGACAUCGUGUUCGUGGUCUGGAGAGAAAAGUCGUUGUCUAUCUGGAGGAAUUACUGGGAUCUAUGUACAAUUUUACUUCUCCCCGACUUGACCUCAUGUCCCGCUGUACGUCACGACUUGUGAUUGUCUCCCCUGACGACAAGCCGCUACAAAGUGACUGACACUGAC